UUAGAAUGGCGGCUCUUGAAUCCGCAAUCACUCUUUUUGGUCUUGGCCUGACAAAAUUGUGGCUGGCGGAGUUUUCACACUUCGCCCUGCCAUUCCUUCACUCAAAUCUUUCUCAUGAGAGGGCCGUUUUACUCUUUCUGUGUCCCUUUUGCUGGCCUACUCUGGCUUGCAUAUGCUUUUGGAAAAACACAAAAAUAAAAACAAUUUGGCCUUUGCUUGAAAAAAUUUGGUGA